CGGCGGAGGGCCUAAGGCUGCUUCCGGGCGGGGCGGGUGUGGGGAGAACACCUCGCUCCGAGGGUUCCGAGCUCUCCGAGGCGGAGCGGUUGGGGAUCGCAACUCCCUGAAGAGAGAGGGCUUUGGUUUCAGUUAAGUUCCUUAUGUCUUCUCCUGAAAUUGCUUCCCUUUCAUGGGGACAGAUGAAAGUACAAGGCUCUACUAAAAUCUAUAAGGACUGCAAAGUGUGGCCAGGGGGAAGUCGGGAUUGGGAUUGGAGAGAAACAGGAACUGAGCAUUCUCCUGGUGUGCAGCCUGCAGAUGUGGAGGAAGUUGUCAAGAAGGGUGUGCAGACACUGGUGAUUGGCCGAGGGAUGAGUGAGGCCUUGAAGGUGCCCCCAUCAACCCUGGAGUACCUUGAGAAACAAGGCAUUGAUGUACUAGUACUCCAGACAGAGAAGGCCGUAAAGGAGUACAAUGCCUUGGCUGCCCAAGGUGUCAAGGUCGGAGGGGUCUUCCAUUCCACCUGCUGAUGAAGCCUUAAAACAAAUCACUAUCCUGGCCAAUAUGGCUCAGUUGGUUGGAACAUCAUCUGUGCACCAGAAGGUUGUGGGUUCAAUCCCCAGUUGGGGUGAGUGUAGGAGGCAACUGACUGAGAAAUAUCUCUAACACU